GGGUCUGUGUUUGGUGCAGUUGCCAAAAUAACGUUAUAGGAUGUUCGUGUGUUUUAAUAAAAAUGGAUACUUUACAAAUCGUCAAAUUAUGCAACGAUACACAUCAGUUGUAAUCGACUUUUAAGAUCUUUCGAUUUUUUUCUUUUUUUUAUAAACAACAUAUUUAGUGUCGGUAUGUUCACAUAAACAAAAUAUUAACAAAGUUUCUAUUAUAACAUUAAAAAAUGGCUUUGUGCGAGUCAAUACGAAGUAUUAUAAAGUUUAAUCGCAGUUUAUCACACAAAAAAUUUAAUAAUAAUUUUCUCAUACUGUCAAAAAAUUUCUCUACCCGUGAACUUUUAAAAGAAGCAUAUUGUCGGACGAAACUGAAAUGUAGAUCGAAGAAGCUGCCUCAAGAUGUCAAUCCACAGGGAGUCUUUGCUUGUAAUGAGCUUGACCUGUCAGAAGUUAAAGUAUAUGGUUUUGAUUAUGAUUACACUUUGGCUCAUUACAAACCAUCUUUGGAGCAUUUAUUAUAUAAUCUUGGCCGGGACAUGUUACUGGAUAAAUAUAAGUAUCCACCAGAAAUUUCAAAAUUGGAAUACAAACCAGAUUUUGCUGUAAGAGGUUUGCACUACGACAUUGAAAAAGGUUUACUGUUGAAGUUGGACUCUUUCCUUCAAAUACAGUUUGAUGCUAUUUACAGAGGACUAACACCUGUAUCCUCAGAGGAAAUUCUUAAAAUAUAUAGAAAUAGAAUAAUACCCAUUGCAUAUGUUGAAGGUGAUACAAGAGCACAUAAAACAAACCGAGCAAAAAUGGUACAUCUUGCAGAUUUAUUUUCAGUUCCGGAAAUGGGUUUACUGUGUAAUGUUGCGGAAUAUUUUAUCAAAAAUCAUAUAGAAUAUCAUCCUGAAAUAUUGUUUUUAGAUGUAAAGAACUCAGUACAAAGUUGUCACCCUAUCAUGCACAAGAUUGUAGCACAAAAUUUGGAGGAAUACAUAAGGCCAAACACAGACUUGAGAAAAUAUUUUCAGCUGUUGCAAGAAAAGGAUAAAAAUUUGUUCUUGGUCACAAACAGCCCAUUCCAUUUUGUUAAUGCGGGCAUGGAAAUGUUGGUGGGUCCCGAUUGGCGGGAAUUCUUCGACGUGGUUAUAGUGAACGCGAAUAAGCCGAAGUUCUUUACGGAGGUCUCCCGCCCAAUCCGAGUGUUUGAUAAAACGGCUAACACACACAUUUGGGAGAAGGUCACCUCUUUGGAGAAGGGCACCAUCUACUAUGAGGGUACAGUCAAACAGCUGCAGGACCUAACUGGAUGGAGCGGCCAUCAAGUAUUGUACUUCGGAGAUCAUCCGUACAGUGACCUCGCAGAUGUGACGCUCGAACAUGGCUGGCGAACAGGAGCUAUUAUUAAUGAGCUUACGCACGAGAUCAACACUUUGAACACGCCGUCGUUCAAGGAGAACGCGAAUUGGCUGCAAAUGCUUACGCAACUUAUUGAGGACCACCAAGAUUAUAAGGAACCAGAGGCAAUGGAAGUAAUAUCUGAUUGGAUGGCAGAACGGGACUACCUCAGGAAAUCUACAAAAGCAGUAUUCAAUAAACAGUUCGGUAGUGUAUUUCGGACAUAUCACAACCCUACAUAUUUUUCUCGAAGGUUGUUCCGAUUCGCAGAUAUCUACACAUCGAACAUUAGGAAUCUUUUGAAUUAUUCCGUAACGCACACCUUCUAUCCGCGCCGUGGUGUUAUGCCACACGAAUAUGGUUCUUAUUUCGUUUAAUAAGACCUCUAGAUAAGUUUAUAAUCAUUUUAUACAACGUGCUUCUAUACAUUUUGGAGAUUUAUUUGUUAGCUAUUGUACAAUUGUUUUAAGUUAAGAGUAAAUAUUUUAUAUUAUUUGAGUAUUAAAUAUUUUGAGUUUAAGUAAUUAUUAAAUAAUAAACGAAUUCUUUGUAUACUCGCCUAUGGUAAAUUUGGAUAUUUUUACUCUGGUCGUAAUAAGUUAAUAAGUUGGGUGAGUUUUAUUGAAUAGUUUUUUUGUACUAAGAGCGACAGUAACAUAGAAAAUGCAUUUUCUUAAUACCAGUUCCUGUUCGCGGCAUCGAUCGUGAUAAUUUGUUUUACCGGGAUAGAAAAAAAGACAUAUUUUUCCAAAUAUUUGAUUGAUUGAUACGUCGAACCGCUCCGUUGCUGCGUGAAAGAAGAUCAGAGACACUCUUUCGCAUUUAUAUUUUUAGUAAGAUAGGGAUAGGGAUUCUACACUCCAAUCUCAGUUGAAAGAUCUAUAUGAGUACAAUUUUAAACUUGUACCACAAAUAUCGAGAAAUUUUUUUAUAUGUUUAUAUAGAAAAGAUCAUGUUAUUUAUUUGUUAUUAUUAUAAGUAGAGAUUAUUUGUUAUUAUAUUUAUCCUGUUAAAGUUGUGAACUUAUAAAAGUAUCUUAACAGAUAAUGUUGUCUUAGAUUCAUUGAGAAUUUGUGUUUGGUAAGAUGGAACCUGCAACUUGAUUUUGUGUGCAAAACUAUUGUUAAGAAGUCUCUAAGUAUUCCUGUUCGAAGAUUCUAGUCAAGUGUAUUUACUAAAAGAUUAUACGUUUUACGGGGGUCGGUACAUGACGGGAUCUUUAUAAAAAACCGAUCUAUUUAUUAUAUUUAACACUGUAGGUAUUCUAUAUUGAUGUUGAUUGAAUGAAUAAAAUAUAGAGGUCUGAAAUGGACUUUGCCGGACGCCUUUUUUAUGUUUGUUGUACAAACAAUUAAUUAAAUGAAGGGCAUUCCUACUCGUGCGAUUUUUUUUAAGCGGCCACAAACUAUCAAUAUAAACUAGAGACCAAAUCAAAAGGUCUGGUUUCCGUAAUAAAAGCCACCAAAAUUUAAACGGUAGCAAAAAUUAAAACAGAAAUUAAUCGUAUUGGCUUUAAAGUAUUGGUUUUCGUUAAUUCAAGUAUAGCUUUAGCUUACUGGCGGAUGGGCUGGGAACUAUCCCUUAGUAAAAUACCUACCCUGAAAAUACUAUUUUAGGUUUACUUAUAAAGUUGAUCUAGACUUGACCAUUAAACACUAUUUAAGAGCCAAUUCGCAUGCUUAAUUUGUUAUUUACGUUAUUAACUCAAUUACCAGUAAAACUAUGAUAACUUCUAUCAAAGAAACCUGAUAUAUAAGAUAGUGCCUUCUAUAAUGUAAUGCAGCCAGCUAUUGUUAUAUACAGGGUCAAUGCGAGGCUGCUAUUGUGUAAAAUGAAAUAAAAAUGGCGAAGAGUAGGUAAGCCACACUCAUUACUAAAAUAUACAAACCUCUUUUUCUUAACUGAUGAUUAUCGUUAUGUUCUGCAAACUUAAAAAACAAGUAUGCCCGAUCUGAUCGAUUUCCAAUCGCGUAAAAGAUCUUUAUCUGGCUUAGUUGUGGCCAUGAGACCUCCCUUUCUGUUAUCCACCUAUUACCGGUACACUACAGGGUACGAGUUGCCCUCACAAUGAGAAGGUUUUAGCCGUAGUCCAUCACGCAGGCCGAUUGCGGAUUGGUAGACUUGAACACCGCCUUUGAAAACAUUAUAACAUUUUUAACAUUUUUAUAGUCACCCCGUUUAAGGCAUUUAAAAUGAAUUUUAUAAUGUCCUGGAAACAUAAUUGCGACAUAUCAUGUGUAGGUACUUAUAGACUUACUGAUAUUUUUGAUGUAAAAGCCAUUUUCUUGCCUGGGCGUUAUAGUUAUAUUUUGUAGUCAACUUCUAUUUUAGAUUAGUGAACCUUUGUAGAUUAUUUUAAGGCGAAUAGAUAUUUAGAUCGUAUUUUACAUUUACAAACAUUUACACCUUCGCUUAAUCUAUUAUAUUUUUACCAGCCGCCCGUUAUGUUCUAAUUAGUGAUUAUAAACACCGAAUGUAUUACGAUAUGUUAACGUCGUACAGACGCUACCAAAUAAAAAAAAAGAAACAAUUUCCAUAUUAUUUAUGCAAAAAAAUAUAAAUUUGAUGCAAUAGGAAACUCUAAAGCGAGUGUGAGCAUCGCGAUGCGAGGGUGUUUUCAAUCUUGAUUAUUCGCUUUUAAAUUAUUUGAAUAACUAUUCAAAUAAUUUAACUACCAUCGAUUUGCAUAGUCGACAUCCCAUCGACUCUCGCGAAGCUCUUUGCAUCCCACAAAUAUCGGAAAUGCCCUUUCGACUUCCUUUUUUACCUUCCACUUUUAAUGUGAGUACCAUCAAAUAGGCAUCUUCUAGGCAAGCUUGCUCCAUUUCAGGUUGCUACAUCUACCAACUGGCAAUGGAGUCAAGCUUUCUAUCAUAAGUUAAAACGAAAAUGUCGAUUCGGAACUGAAAUUUUAUUUGUCAUUAGUUACUUUUGUCUCGAGUUACUUUAAAUCAGAUGUACCUAUUAAAGGGUAUACAUCAGAUGUAUACCAUUUUUGACUAUUGCCUAAAGAUCUUUAAAUCAGAUGUAUUCAGGUACUGUUGAUGUGAGACGAUAUGACCGUGUAUAACCUCAAAUGGAAGUAUUUUUUAACUUUAAUCAUAACAUGCUUGUUUUUAAGUCAACUUUUGUGUAACUUUAGAUAACCUCACAUGUACUGUGCCAUGUUACUAGACAAUAAAACACUUUUGAAUA